AUGGCAAACCUUCUCGGUUUUGACAGAUCCUCACCAUCUGUUCGCAUGCUUCUCGCUAGAAUGAUUGAGCUGGAAUGGAGGAUCACAGUCAGCGGAAGCAGGUUCUACAAGCAGAGAAAGGAACGCUAUGAAGUGAUUUCUAUGGCCGAACUGCAGAUGUUGGCUCCUGCUAUUGAUUGGAGGCUGUUUCUGUCAUCAUUAACGGGAGAGGACUUAUAUGCAAACGAAAAAGUUGCUUUAAAAACGGGUCGGGAGUGGCUGAUUAAGCUUUCCCAAAUUCUGAUGGAGUACCUGGAAACCGAAAGCGGACAAGCGGUCGUCAGGAAUUAUAUCAAGUGGAAGACGCUAUUUUUCCAUUUAGCCUAUGUGAAACCGAAAUGUCGUGAUGGCUUGUUAUGGAGCCUUGUCGAAAUCUACUCGGGCCCUCCUCAUCUUCGUAAAGAAUUCUGCAUAAUGCGAGCUUCGGGUAUUUUUCCCUUAUCGCUGCCGUCGAUACUUCGCAAAAUUGACGGAGAAAAGAAGGCCAGGGAGAACAGGAAGAUGGUUGAUCACAUUGCUUCAAAUGUUGUUGGAGAGUACAGAAAAAUGUUGGAAUCGAGCAACGUCUUGGACAAUAUCACCUCUCCCAUAGCCCUGCAAAAGGUAUGA